AUGCAGAAAAUAUUGCGCUAUUUAUUCUACUUUCUCUUAAUAAUCCCAGCUAUUAGCUGUUGGAUUUUUGCAUUCCUUUCACCAGUCAUCUACCACCGAUUCUUCGACAAAAUCCAGGAAGUCGGCGGCUUCAUUUGCACAAAUGUCGAUCGGGAAGAGAUUUUGGACCAUGAUAUAAAACCGGAAUGGGGUUGUAUUCCAGUUGACCAGUGCCAGGAGAUAUUUGGGGAAUUACCGAAGAACAUGCUGGAAUUGGGCAACCUAAUUGCUUGUGAUUCUCUCUGGGCGACCUACGUAUUUAUGGGACUCACGAUGGGGUCAAUUUUCCUUGGAAGUGCCCUCACAGUUCUUAUCGGUUGGAUGAUGGUUCAACAUGCUAAAGAGAAGAAAGUGCAAAAGGUCGAAAUGAUUGCACUCGAUGAAUGU